AAGUGAUUGGGUGAAUCCGUGUCACGUGACCGUCCUUCGACAGGAGUUUCCACGACAGCUGAGUAGCAGCUAAAUGCGUUUUUUAACCUGUAACAUUGAUCCUUUUCAACCCCAGUCAGGCGAAGUUUCUUAAAAUGGGAGACAAGAAGAGCCCCACAAGGCCAAAGCGGCAAUCCAAGCCCUCCGCCGACGAUGGGUACUGGGACUGUAGUGUCUGCACGUUCAAGAACAGCGCUGAGGCGUUCAAGUGCUUGAUGUGUGAUGUCAGGAAAGGGACGUCAACUCGAAAACCACGGCCUGUUUCUCAGCUUGUUGCACAGCAAGCAAAUCAGCAGUUUGCAUCACCCACACACCCAAAAAAGGAGAGGAAAGAAAAAUCUGAGAAAGACAAGAGUGAUAAAGAACCAACACUGAAAAAGAAAAACCAUAAAAAGAUGAGGCCCAGGUUAAAAAACAUUGACAGGAGCAGCGCCCAGCAUCUAGAAGUCACGGUGGGAGACUUGACUGUCAUAAUCACAGACUUUAAGGAGAAAGCUAAACCUAUGUCCACUUCAACAAGCGCUCCCUCAGCAGACCAACACAGUCAAAGUGGCUCAAGCUCUGAUAACACUGAACGAGGGGUCUCCAGGUGCUCUUCGCCCCACGGGGAAGGCUCGUCAGUUAAUGGAGAGACUCACUGACCUUCCCCCUCCGAGACAUGCACAGCCCAUUCUUCUGCACUCUCAACAGCCUCAACCAGAGAUUAAACUUCAACAUGCACAUUUUUUUUUUUUUUUUAAAUAAUACUAUAAAUGUCAAUAUAAUAGCAUUCACUUCCAAUUGGGGUUGUGUUUUUCACUGCCUUCCCAUGAUGAUAAAUAAUUCAGGAGUCAGGAUGUAAUGCUGUAUGCUCUAUUUCAACGAACUGUUGCAGCGACAUCUAUUCUACCAUAAUGAACUGAAAAGAGGAACAGUAGCAUUAAAUCCCGGAUGUCAGUGGAACUGUGCCACGUGUUGUGGUGACUGGAGUUUUGUUACAUCAGCAUGUUACAUGUUGGUCCCUGCUGCACAGAAGAAAUUAUGCAUUAUGUAAGAAAAUAUGAAGAGGCCAUCUCAGAAUUGUAGUUUGUCCUUGAAUCAUUAUUUGCACUUAAUGGCAUCCCAUGUGCAUGAUAACAUUCUUUAGCAUUACUUCCACAAUCAUAACACUGUUGGUUACUGGCCAUAUCCAGCCCUCAUUUUAUGCCAUUGGAUGCCAUUAAUUGUUUUACUGUCUAACAUUUGAGUACAGAUAUUGAAUAAUUAUUCCAAGUAUGCUUCUCCUUCACUUGGUAGAGUUAAGCAUGAUUUAAUCUAUAGAAUGAUUUAUAUUGUAAAAUAAUGUUAAAUAAAAUAAGUUGUAGAUA